CACGUGUAUGCUGUGUAAAUGGUCACAAUCACAUGGUUUACUCAAUCAUGUCAGUUAUUGGGACUUCUUUACUUGGAUCAGUUUCUUAUGUGUGACGUCACUGUUAUACAACCGAAGAUAUCAGCAGCUACAAGGCAGGGACGUAUUACAACGUCACAUGUGUUUAGAUAAAAAUACACGGAUCGAUACGACAAUCCGAACCACGUGCUAAACGGCUAGAUAUGGUGAUACUCUUAGUUAUUCACCGUGAAAUGUCUGACCUUUCACCUUACCCCGUGAUGUCACUACGGCCAGCUACCAUCAGAGGCCAGAAACAUGUAGGCCUACACAAGAGCGUAGGGUCAACUGCCUAGUGAAUAGGUAUUCAAACAUUACUGUUAUCAUUAUCAAGGACCAGUAUGAAGGCUUUAUGUUAAGAUAUCUACACGUGUUCAAUCUAAUCACGAAAAUUUCCACACAUAGUUAUGGACGUCUAAAGAGAAAAUCUUAAUUCGUUAAGCCCGAGGUGUUUACGGUUGACCCAAUGGUUGACACGUCCGUGGUCCAUUUAUUACACGGUCGAACGGACCCGCUCCGUGUGUUUGUUUAAUUAAUACGUUAGAAUGGAGAACAACAAAAGGUCCUUGUCACAUACCGCGUUCAGAGAUACGAGUGAUGGAUCAGACGAACCCCUUGGUGUCCAAACUUCAGACCAAUGGAAACGCCAGCGUCGUGGUAGACAUGGAUGUUUUACCCCGUAAAGGAAAUUAUGAACAUAGUGCUGACCCCGCGGAAAUAACGGACACUUUCGGACAACUUUUAAACUACUGUUCUGAGGCUGUGAGCACGUGCAGAUCAGCAAUAAACCACUGGUUCAACGACGCAAUCUUCCUUGCUCUUGUUAUCGCGUAUAUCAUCUACAUAGUCUUCGUCAUCAUAUUUGACACCUCGACAGCCUUCUGGACAGUCGUUGACCUGAUUAUCAUCUGUCUGGUCGUUAUACACAGGUUCUGGGGGAUACCAACUGUACUUGCUCACAUCACAACGCCGCUCCUUAAGAUCCGUCGUCGACAUUGUGUCGUCAGUCCGAAGCGACAGAUUUUGGCGGGAAGGGUCUUCACAGCGUCCCUGUUCCUCGCCUUGGGAGUGUACCUUAUCGUGGAUCUGUAUGACGAGCCGGAGAGACUGAUCCCCCUUGGGGGCCUCAUCCUGUUCUUGGUCCUCAUGUUUGUUACAUCUACGGCCCCGUCAAAGGUACAGUGGAGAGCGGUAUUGUGGGGCCUGCUCCUCCAGUUCAUCAUGGGUAUAAUCAUCCUAAGGUGGCCGCCUGGUUACAAGGUUUGUAAACUGAUGGGAGACGCCGUGGCCAAGUUCCUGUCCUUCACUGACUACGGGUCCAAGUUUGUGUUCGGCGAGAAAACCUAUACCAUGCACGUUGUUGUCUUCAAGAUCCUGCCGGUGGUGGUGUACUUCAGUGCCGUUGUAUCUAUACUGUACUACCUUGGGGUGAUGCAGGUCAUCAUUAAGGGUCUUGCCAAGUUAUUCCAGUACACAAUGAACACCACAGCUGUAGAGUCGUUCGCCACUGCAGCUCAUAUCUUCAUUGGACAGGUGGUGUCUACCGUUGCCUUGAAGCCGUUCCUUCGCGAUAUCACGUUAUCCGAGCUCAAUGCCGUGAUGACGUCAGGCUUUGCUACAGUGGCUGGAACAGUCAUCGCCGCCUACAUCGAAUUCGGAGUUCCAGCUGAGCACGUGAUCACUGCGUCAUUCAUGUCUGCCCCGGCUGCAUUAGCAGUUAGUAAACUCAAUUGGCCGGAAACGGAAGUACCGCGCGGAGAGGAGAAGGAUGUCUACAUGAACCUUAAUGUUGGGAAUGAGUAUAACAUUAUGGAGGCAGCCUCGGCUGGAGCAUUGACGGCUAUCAAACUCAUCUCCUACGUCACCGUCAACCUCAUCGCUUUCAUCUCACUCCUCGCCUUCCUGGACUAUUUUCUGUCUUCCAUGGGAUCACGUGUCGGCCAUCCAGAGGUCACCUUCCAGUUCCUUUGCUCAUACACCUUCAUGCCCCUGGCCUUAGUGAUGGGAGUCCGCUGGCAGGACUGUGGUAAGGUAGCGGAACUCAUCGGCAAGAAAAUAUUCAUCAACGAGUUUCUGUCUUUCGCCGACCUUGGGACGAUGAUCAAGAAUGACGAAAUAAAUGAACGUUCAAUAGUGAUCGCUACCUACAUUCUGUGCGGGUUUGGAAGUAUUGCUGCCAUGGGGAUCAACCUUGGUGCAUUUACUGCCGCCGAUCCCAGCAGACGACAGGACUACGCGAAGGGCAUGCUCAGGGCCAUGAUUGGUGGGAACGUCGCUUGCUUCAUGACCGCAUGCGUAGCAGGCAUUUUGUAUGAGGGAAAUCCGUUUCAGAACAUGGUGGAAAUGAAUUCAAAUAUGACAACAAUGUUGAACUCUACCUCAGUGAACGGUACGUCACUGGUUGGUAACAUGUUCAACCAAUCGUCCUUGAUCAAUGGUACCUUAUGAUGACGUCAUUGUGUGUUGUGACGCAGUGUAUUGACGUUCCCACCAGAUUUAAGAGUAUUACACAACUGGAGGACCUAUCGAUGCGGUAGCGCCAAGUACAUAGGUUGUGUGUAACUUAUAUAUUAUUAAGGUUAUAUAGGGUUUAUUUGCGAACGUUGGUUGUUAUUUAUAAACGUUUUUUUUACACGUAUAUGUAUAUAGCAGUUCAGUCAACCGAUUAUGUAAGAAAAACAAUGUCUUGAAAAUGAAAUCCGCAUUUUUGCUCUUUGUUCGUCGAUCUCGGAUAGAUCUUGGCCACUAACUGGUGUCAACAAAGUACUCCUAUUAUAGGGACAUCACGGGAUUAUCUCCUUCAUAUACAGCUUUGAACUGUGUAGCAUGGGCACAUAACCAGUUGUCCGCUUUGUCCCUUAGUGAGUUGGUGAUACAGUUAGCACUAGUCCACGUUUUAUUGAUAAAACUAUUAUAUUUUCUUUUCAAAGUCAGAUGUGUGCCAAAUAUUGAACAUUGUUAUUUGUAGCUCAAUUUCUCAUGCUGAAAAUAGUUUCCUGUGAGACUUUGAUCACGUGAUUCGCAUUACAAAUAUGGCCGCGAAAUGUUUGGAAACUCGGAGUUGAACUUUAAAAUGAGUGGAUUGACCUGUUUAUGUAUGUUGACAUGCAUACCCGUAUGGUCAGGUAUGUCGAAAAAGGAUGGAUGUUUCUAUAUAUGUGUUUUAUAUCCACACGGCGGUAUUGAAUAGUUAAAAACAUACACUGAAGUACCCCUCCGCCUUUUCACUAUGGUAGGAGUUCCGAUGCUAGUCGGCCGAUAUCAGAUUUUUAAAAGGCCGAUAAAACACGAGAACUCCCGAUUACCCCUUUAUGGCCCUGUCACACUGUUGCGUAUCGUACUAGCGUAUGCCAGCGUAUGAAAAUUAUCACUCAUACGCUGGUAUACGCUGACAUACGCUAGGGGUACGUUAGACAUAGGUUGUAUACGUUUCAAACACGCUGGCAUACGCUGGGAUACGCUGGCAUGCGCUGGCAUACGCUGAGGCAGAAAUAAUUUUUUGAGCAUGUUCAAAAAUUUUGUGCGUAUGCGGACGUAUGGUUAAUACGCUAAGCAUACGCUAGGCAUACGCUGAAUACGCUAGAGGUACGAUAUAGGUACGUUACUCAUAGGUCGAGUUCGCUGGACAUAAGUUGCCAUACGUUGGCGGAAGGUGUAUUGUACAGCCCGGGCAGACGAUGAUUGCUUCUUAGGAGGCAUGAUGGAGAUAGAUGUUGAUCGUCCGCCGUCUACUGCAAUAAUGCAUUUUAUUUAUGGGUUUUACGUCCGCUAUUACGGCCUUAGCAAUGUUUCCGCCUUUAUAUAGGCACUUUGUCACGUGAUAGGCGGUACGCUGGGCUUACGCAGUUCAUACGCUGGCCAUACGCUGGUCACUCAUACGCUACUCAUAGGUUCAAUACGGUAAGUAUACGCACAAUUCUGUAUUUUCAAGGGCUUUUUGUGCGUAUGAAAAUUAUAUUAGGAAUUUUCAUACGCAACUCAUACGUUUCUCUCAUACGGUACAGUGUGACGGGGCCAUUACAAGACUCCUGACCCGUGCUCUCCAAACCACGUGGUUUCAACUCAGCUUUAAUGAAUAAGUGUUGUAUCAUGUACAUGUACUUGGGUGAUUAGCUUUAAACUUAUACAAUGUUAUGUUAAACUAUACAGCUGCAUUUAUUAAAAUCCCGAAAAAGGGUCACACCUGUUAUCUGUUCCUUAAUUAGAAGUUGUCUCCCUUUAGGUCUGACUGUUUCUCAUAUACCGUCAAGUAUGACAGUUGCCCGCUUACCAAAAAUAAUGAUUCGGAGAACACUGUGUUGUGCUCCAGAAUGUUUUCUCUUGUAUGAUUUUCACGUCCAAGAAACAAUUGUUAUUUCUAACGUUUUUACUAUCGAAUGAAUGCUUUCGAUUUACUGGAAACUGACAUGUUAAAAAAAGCUGAACACUGUUCCUACGAUUGUGUCUUCGUGGUUUGGAGUGUAAAUAUCACUGUCAAUAAAGGACGAACAAUGUGAGAAAGAA